CUUCCUUCCUUCCUUCCUCCAAUCUCAAUCACACUCCAAACAUAUCCUCAGUUACAGUGUCUCUGGGAUAAAGCAACAAGAUGAAGCUGCUCUUUGCAACUCUCCUCCUGGCCUGCCUUGUUCUGAGUUCCUCUUUCAUUGAGGUCACCAUGGCUGGUUCACCGUUCUGCGAUUCCAAAUGCGGGCAGAGAUGUUCGAAAGCUGGAAGACAGGACAGAUGUUUGAGGUUCUGUGGGAUCUGCUGCGAAAAGUGCAAUUGCGUGCCUUCUGGGACUUAUGGCAACAAGCAUGAGUGUCCUUGCUACAGAGAUCUCAAGAACUCCAAGGGCAAGCCAAAAUGCCCUUGAUCAUAUAUCGCCAUACAUAUUUGGCCGUGGACCCCAAACAUGUUAUUGAGUUAUUUAGUACAAUUUGAUAUUCUACACUUCCAUAUGUUUAGUAAUUUGGUUGUAACUAGGAUUUUGGGUCUGUCUGAAUAAUGCUCCGAUCGUUGGGUUAUGCAUACUCUUAUAAUCUAAUGUAAACUACGUCUCUCUUUGGUAAUGAAUAAAUAAGUGCCUUUCUA